AGGGGCAGGGUCCUGAAGCUCGGGAUUCCUGUGCCAGUAUGGAGUAAGAUAAGUGUGUGCGUUACAAAGACACAGCAUGCAGUGCUACGUCUGGGGGACAAUGCCCUGGCACGCGGCCGCUCGAUGCCUUUACUCCCUCUAAGCCUGCAGCGGGACAACGGCUCGACCCAACCCGGUGCGGAAGUUUGUGCCAGAUGGGACACGGACGGCCGCAGAACGCACUGGUUCAAGCACGUCUACAAAGAGGAGGGGAGACGCAGAGGGCCGAGGGAGAGGCGCUGCAGUACAAUCCAAGUCUGGUGGAGAAAGAGGCUGGCUUGGGGCGUCUAG